CGAAACUACGCAGACAUGCCGGCGGUCCUGAGUGUGAACACAUCCGCUAUACCGCUCGAGCAGCCGGAAGUUGUAGCCUGGUCAGUUAUAGCGUGUGAAAUCGUCGUAAAUAAACAAACAUUUUGAAUUGUGGAGAAGAAGUUGUGCAGAUGGACUUGCUUUCAGGCGGCUAGAAAUCUCUGCAAAUGCCGGUACCACGCUGGAUUUGCAGAUUGCAACAGAAGUCUGACCAGGGUACCUUUAUUUAAAUCCUCAGGCCUUGAACAGUAGUCAAGCCUAUGUUUGCUGGCCCACACAUGAGCACGGGCUACCUUUUUGACUGCGCUGAGCGCCAUGCCUGACCGGGAUAGCGCUUACCUAGUAGGUGGUGGUGGGGGAGGCAGUGGAGGGGGUGCUAGUACGGGGGUAGGGGAGGAAGUAGCCUCUGGGUCUAGUUUGACUGGGGGUGCAGACGGUCGAGGGGGAGUUGGGGGAAGCUCAACAGGGGGAAACAGUGGUUCUGGGACCAUGGGAUGCAGUGGUGCCCUGGGAAAUGGCCACAACUGCAAUGGAGCCGGUGGCAGUUUUGCAUCUGGCUUGCCAUCAGAUGGUGUUUGCCGUGACUUCUUACGAAAUGUUUGUAAACGUGGAAAGCGUUGUCGUUUUCGCCACCCAGACUUCAACGAGGUGCCUGACCUUGGUGCACAGAAGAAUGAGUUUGUCUUCUGUCAUGACCACCAAAACAAAGAAUGUGUACGUGCCAACUGCCGCUUUGUGCAUGGCUCCAAGGAGGAUGAAGACUACUACAAAAAGACUGGUGAGCUGCCAUUGUGGCUACGGUGGAAAGUGGCAGCAGGCCUGGGCUUGUCGCUUACUGACCUGCCACAGAACCGUGGUGAGGCACCAAUAUGCAGAGACUUCCUGAAAGGUGAAUGUCAACGGGGCAACAAGUGCAAAUUUCGCCAUGUGCGAAAGGACCAUGAGCAUGAGGCUUCACGAUUCAGUGCAGUGGGAAUGAUGGGUGUCUCAGGUGGGGUGGGUGGAAUCAUUAAUGCAAGCAGUGGAGGAGUGACUUGUGGGGGAGUUUCAGGAUUGGUUGGAACAAAUGGAGGCAGUUUGAUGGGGAUGGGAAGCCCCAAUAUUGGAAGUUGCAGAGAUCAGGGAUUGUGUGGUGGUGGAGUAGGAGGAGGAUCCAUGGGAAGUUGUUUAUCCUUGGGAGCAGCUGGACAGCGACGCUAUGACAGGGGCCCAUGUUCCGUUUAUGAAUCACUGUUCGAGAAUGGACUGUUUGAUCCCGGGCCACUGGAGAGCCCUGUUGAUCAUGCAGUUCUUCAGCUAAAGAAAAGACGACUGGAAGGGCUGCGAUUGGCUGAUGGGACUGGGGGAGGCCACUAUGAUUUAGGGGUGCAGGCUGCUCUUUCAACUCGGCCUCUGGAGUAUCGUCUGUUAGAGGAGGAAAAUGCUUUGCUAAGGAAGCGAGUGGAAGAGCUCAAGAAACAGGUCUCCAACUUGAUGGCCACCAAUGAAGUCUUGCUGGAGCAGAAUGCUCAGUUCCGGAGCCAGGCAAAGGUCAUGACCUUGUCAUCAACACCCACACCAUCAGAACAGAGUCUGGCCCCGCCUGUCGGUUCUGUGAGCUCCUAUAACCAUGGCAUCGCACAGACUCGCACAACUUUGAGCAGUGCUGGACUACAGCCACGUGCUGUAACCCAGCAGGAACUGGUGGCACCUGCCGGGGCUCCUGCAGGUGCACCCCAAGCCAAUUCUGCACCCCCACCUGCUGCACCUCCACCUCCUCCCCCCCAUAUGAAUCCGGAGAUCACUCCACUCUCAGCUGCCCUCGCCCAGACCAUUGCACAAAGUUUGGCCCCGCCUGUUUCAAUGGCACCUGUUGCAGCUUCUGUGGCCCCAGUUGUGUCCAUGGCACAGCCACUGGCGGGUAUCACCAUGAGUCAUGCCACCACGCCAAUGGUAACAUACCCAAUUGCCAGUCAGAGUAUGAGGAUCACCACCAUGCCACAUUAACAAAUUAAAUGCAAUAAUUUACUUUUUUAUCGUUUUUCACCCACAAAGCUGUGGUGCAGUUUUACAAAAAACAAGUACCAUAUAUAAUCUGUGUUGACAUUUCAGAAAUGGCAAAAAUAACACCAGCAUCUUGUGGAUGCUCCAAGCAAAUAUUUUUUUACGAAUCUUUCAGGCUUAUUAAAAAACCUGAGCAGUUUCUUAUAUUGCAUACAGUUUUUGACACAGACCUAAUUAUGUGUAUGUGCUAAAUGCACAUAUUUCUACAUUUUGAAUGGACAUGGACUUUUUGUCUGGGAGAAAAAGAGCUUUGGCUUCUUAGGAUGUUGUAAAUCUGUUAAUUCUUAGCUUGGAUCACUUGUUUUGUUGAUUUUGCUCUGUGAGAUGUCAUUCUUGAGUUUGAUCACAAGCAGAAUAAAGGAUCAACCUGUACCUGUAACCUGUGG